GCAGUGUGUCAGGCGAAAGAGCUGCGAGCAGACAGAGGCUCUUUCUUAUAGAGUUUAGCCCAGGAAAAAGACUCAGAAACAGAGCGACUCGACUCCUCCUCUCCCUCUCACUCUCUCUUACACACACACAGGCUCCAGGUACAGCAGUGAGUGUGUCCUGCGUGACAUCCAUGCUGAACAGCAGAUUGCGUGGCUGAAACCAGGGUUAUGUGAUGCCCGCAGAGACGUCUGGACUGACCCUGAUCAGAGCCGAAAUGCCCUCAUUCCAUCACAUCUGCGAGAGUCAGCGCAGCAGAGACUAAAAUAGAGUUGGAUUCUCCAGAGGGUCUGAAGCUGAGAGGAAUCCACCCAGCAUAAACACGACCCACCAUCCUCAAUCCUCACCAGAUAUCAAUCGUCAGAAGUCCAAGAGAAACGGUUUACGAGCGAUGCUUUGUUGUCAGAGCCCAAAGGCAAGGCGUUUCAUGAGAUGAACACUGUAGUUUGGGAUUAAAGCAAUAACCGUGCGUACAUGAGGAUCCAUCAUACUACAACCAACUUGUGUGAUAUUUCUUCAAGAUGGGACCUUCUGUGAUGUCAGGAAACAUUCAACAGGCCUGAAUUACACUUAAACCGGACACUUUCUUGAUCCUCAGAUAAUAAUCUAUGCUAAUUACUGCUUUAAUCAGAUCUACGGUGGCUUUACAUCUUAGAACGCAUUGGAUUUGAUCUGGGAAGAACUCCCGCUCAACCAUGAAGGAGGCGAUCCUGCAGUUUCUGAAUGAUGUAUGGAGCGUGGCUUCGGUCAAGCAUGAGCAGGGUGUCUACAACACGGUUUGUCUUGUUGUUCUUCUGACUCUGCCGCUGGUUGUGCUCUUCACAUCCGUGCUGGUCUGCUGUCACUGUUGUUGCUGUCGUAAUGCUGGAGGAUGCCGCUGCUGUGGACAGAAGGGUGAGACCUCGGUCACAAAUGUGAAAUCUGAAAAGAAGAAGAAAAAGAAAAACGGCGGCCAGAACAGCGAGGACUUGUGGAUCUCUGUCAAAGCAGAUCCCAUGAGUAGUGACAGACUGGCACUCACUAUGGUGUAACGUGUUGAGCAGUUUUCUAUUUAUUUAUCCUUGUGGUACAAGUAAAGGUACAAAUGUGGGUUUACUGAAAUGUGCCUGAAUGUAAUAACUGUAGAGAGACGAAGUUCUGAAGUGAAUGAAUGCGUGGGAAUAUGCUGUAUGAUGUGUGUUUGGUCAAUGAAAGGUUUUCACAGUCCAUGUUUGGUAAAAAGAAAUACAUAUACAGUAUGUGCAAUACAUAAGGCCUUUAUUGCUGGCGUUUAACACAUCAUGACUAAACAAAGGUGGCCAGUUUGAUCAUGUAAAAACCAUGCCUUAGACUUAUGGUUUCGGUUUGACUGGUUGACAAUAGGGCUUGGCGAUUUGGCCUUAAAUCAAAAUCUUGAUUAAUUGAACAUGUUUAACUCGAUUACAAUUAAUGAGCAAUUAUUUUUGGCUAUAAAUUUUUUUUUUCGCCCUCUCCGCAUGACCUACACUCGUCAAUGCUACCAAGCUGACCAAACGAAGAGCUUGCGCUAUACGUUGUCGUGACAUGUAGUUAAACGCGGCGUCAGUCACGUGAGGGGUACGCGCAGAAUUGCCACACAUGGUAGGGAUAAUAAUUUUAAAAAUUGUCCUUUAAAAAUUUGAUUGAUUAUAAGUUGUGUAUGUCGUUUUCAAUUACUUUUCGAUUAAUCGUCCAGCCCUAUUUGACAAUGAAAUUGGCCCUUUUGUUCAUGUGACCACAUCUGUUCAUUAACAGUUUUCCAUUUAUUUAUGGUUGUGAAUUGCAUGAUGGGACCUUUAUCUCUGCUAUGUCAACUUUUGAUGUUGAAAAUUCAACUCUACAGUUUAACAAAGGGACUUUCCCAGCAG